ACUGCUUCACUUCCAUAGUUAAGACAACAUUAGUAUAAAGAGCUGUAUGUAUAAGAAUUAGAAUCCUUUCUCAUUUCCCAAACCUAUAUCAGUAUUUUGAUAUAUAUGUUUAAUAAAAUAACCUAAUAUUGACACUAAACUGCUUUAUUUCCAAGGUUCGGCCAACAUUAGGAUAAAGAGCUGUGGAUAAGGUUGCCACAGUAACUUUUGAGUGUUUAUUUGAUCAAUUAUUUCUUAUUAAACCUGCUAUGAAUAAGAACGCUUUCUCAGUUCUCAAACUUGCAUACAGGCUAUAUCAGUGUCUGGAUAUAUAUGUUAAAAUAAAGUAACCUAGUACUGACCUAGUUCAACAUCAGCUGCUUUACAUCCGAGGUUCGGACAACAUUAGGAUUAAGAGCUGUGUGGAUAAGGUUGCCACAGUAACUUUUGGGCUACUUUUGACACACCCAGAUACAAGCCAGACUCUUGUAUUUCUCAAUUGUUAAUGUGAAAUCCACUGCUAGCCCUUCAGACAUACUCGAGUGGUUUUAGCGCUUAUUCCACAUUAGAAUCAAAGGAAAAGUGUCAUUUUUUAGACAGUCACUCAAGUGCUGUGGUGCUUCACGUUCACAGAAUAAAGAUGUCGCCGUUGGUGCUGGCAGUCGGAGUGUGCUUAGCUGGGUGGAUUGCUCUUUAUGCUUUGCUGUGCUACACAAAUGGCUCUUGUGGCUAUGAAUGGAACUGUCGGCUAGUUACACUAUUCCAUGGCAUCCUUGCAGUCUGUAUAACUGCUUACAUUGGAUACAUAGAUGGACCGUGGCCUUUCACCUACCCAGGUACAAAGAACACCCCUCUGCAGAUCACCGCUAUGGUGGUCAGUCUGGGCUACUUUAUCUUUGACAUGGCCUGGUGUGUGUACUUCCGCACAGAGGGCCUGGUGAUGCUUGCCCACCACACCAUGAGCAUCCUGGGUAUUCUGCUCACUCUGUGGCUGGGGGAGUCGGGCAUCGAGUCUUGCGCCGUGCUGUUUGGCAGCGAGAUCACAAACCCCCUCCUUCAGACGCGCUGGUUUUUGAAACACUCCGGCCGUUAUGACAGCUUCCUCGGAGAUGUGGUGGAUGUUCUAUUCGUGCUGUUGUUUGUGUUCAUGCGCAUUUUCGUCGGCGGCACCAUGUUGUACUGUGAGCUGAUCUCUCCGAGACCCAAGUUUAUCAUGAAAGGUGGCGGUGUGGCCAUGUACGCGCUGUCCUGGGUGUUCAUGGUUGACAUCGGCCGCUUCGCAUACCGCAAAUCCCAGCUCAAAUACCAGGGCUGGAUGAAUCGUCACAGGAUGGCAGAGGUCAACGGGCAGGAUGUGAAGAGAGACUGAAAGAUCUCUCAGAUCAGCGGUUUGGCCUCUCGUUUCGAACACCGGAGAGAAGAAUGAGAAUCAGAACAAGUGUACCAGCUAAUAAAGCUCUGCAGCUAAUAGAUGUUUACAUAUUUUUUAAAAGGAUAUCAGCCAUUAAAGUUUAUUUCUGGUUGGUAAUAUACACAUGGGAAAACAUCCAUUCUGUAUCAGAGCCCUUAAACAGUCUUAAUGGUUUUUUAUUAUUUGCCAUUAUGAUUAACUCAGAAUUCUUACAAUCAAAUCUAAUUUGAUAUAUUUGUACUCAUAAGGAAUGAAGUGUUUAAACUCUUUUAAGUACUGGAAAUAUUUGAUAUUUUUGUAAUUAGGAACACUACUUGUUAUAAAUUUUAAUUAGCGAUGUUGCUUUUACAUUUUUUUCCAUUAAACUUUUAGUACGUGCAAUAUUCAGAAAUGAUCAUGAAACACUACUAAAUGUUUCUGGAAGAUUACUGAAUGAUUUGUGUGUGAUUAAUGACUUGAAUGAAAAAGUAAAUCUUGUCUUUGAAAUGUAACCAUUUUUAAAUUGAGACUGAGUGAUGACUUACAGGCUGUUUGCAUCAGUUAUUUAUCUGUUAUGGUGAUUUGACCACACCAGUUGAUAAAUCAAUAAACAUCAUCAUCAUCAUUACAAUAAUGUAUUUUAGGAUGUUGUAAUGUUGCAAUUGAUCAAGGAAACAUGUAUUAAAAGUUGAUUCAAAGUCAUUGUGAAUUUAAUACACCUCUUCUGAUUAAUGUGAUCAAAUUCUGAAUUACAAAUCAUUAAGAUAUUGGGGUUUAAUAACCGAAAUCGAGGUCUAGGUGGUUUAACUGUUAAGCGAUUGUAAAAAACAAAAGUGCUAUUAAAAGGUUACAACUGGUGAUU